AUGGCCGUUCUGCUGACCCUGAGACUGACCGCAGCGUCCACGGUGACCCCGGAAUCCUCAGGGGUCCCCCCGCUCGAACCCCGUACCCUGGAGUCGAACCUCAGCCUGGAGGUGAAAUUCGAACCCCGGACCAUGAGGCUGUGGUGGGAGUGCGGGGACAACGCGUCGAGACUCGAGAAUCUCACCUGCAAGAUGGAUCACAAAUCCGGGCCGGUGAUCUUGCCGUACCACGCCCCGGGGGUGUGCGAGUGCCGCUUCCAGCCGGAAACGCUCCACGAGGGGGUGCUGUUCACGGUCAACGGGACCGUCCGGGGCCGGCCCGUCCAGGGCAAGUUUCUCUACGAAAACCCAGGCGCGGCGCAGUCGGCGGCCGGCAACUUGUCCUGCGUCAUCUACGGCGGCCGCUUCCUCAACUGCUCCUGGACCCGCGGCCCCGCCGCCCCCCGCGACGCCCAGUACUUCCUCUUCCUGCGCUUCGCCAAGGCCCGGCUGGAGGUCGAGUGUCCACUCUACGUGCCGGACUCGGGGACGCACCUGGGCUGUCACUUCAGCAACCUGACGGGCUUCCGGACCCCCAUGUACUUCCUGGUCAACGGCACCAGCUCGGGCGUCGGGGUUCGCUUCUUCGACGCCAUCUUGUCUCUCAAGAGGAUCGAGAUCUACGACCCCCCCGGGAACAUCACGGCCAGCUGCAACGACACGCACUGUCUCCUCGGCUGGACCCGGCCCAAGUCCAGGCUGUCCCUGGGCGACCGCCACUUCCAGUACCAGCUCAGGAUGCUCAGACAGGGAGAACCCACCGAGGACCCCUUGGUAAGUCCACUGGUCACCCCGAAACACCAUCCCCAGAUUUCGAUCAACAUCCCAGGCGUGGACAACCCUUACAUCUUGCCCUGUCCUGAACCCCGAGAUGGUCUUCAAGUACAGCUGCGCAGCUGCAAAAAUAUCAUGCUCCCGGACGACCCGUGGAGCGUCUGGAGCGAGCCCGUGUGUUUGGGCCACAAGGAACAGGAGGUCACGGUGGUGUUUCUGUAUUUUCUGGUGGUCGUCGGGACCCUGGUUUGCGGCUGUGCCCUGAUGUUUGUGGGUCACAGGUUUUUAGUUAACAGCAGGAUCUGCCCGCCUGUACCCCACGUCCGAGACAAAGUCAGUGACGUACAUCAACAGGAAAAGAUGGGCCCAUUGGGGGAAGCACCAAAAUUGAAACCACCAGUGAGCACAGACUUCGGAGUCCUCCCAAGCCAACCCAAGAAGGUCGAUUGGGAGGACUGUCUGACGGGCGUGAAGAGAACCCAGAGUGAGCAAGUGCUCAUCGUGACUGCUCCGGAAACAGUGCUCCCCUUGGCCGAAAGUCACUUCGGAGACGGCCUGAAGGGAAUCACUCCGUGA